AUGACCGAUCGUGUGGGUGAUUUCGUUGAUCAUUUGAUGAUCGAAGCUGCGGAGUUGAAUCGGCUGCCGGAAUUUUCACAGUCAAGGUUCAAUCUUCGCGCCAGGACGGUUAUAGAGGAUUCCAAUUUCGUGCCUCUUGUAAGGUGGUUAAAGCACCAUGAGUUUUCAGAUAAUAGAAUUGGGAAGAAGAUCAUGAUCAGGCAUGUCAAAAGGAAACCUUGA